GAGAGGAACACAGAGCGAGUGAAAGGUUGGGGAUCCUUCACUGGUUUUUCACUUGCAUGAACGCAGCCGUAGACAACCCCAGGAUCUAAAGAUGUGGACAGAAGUCGGAAAGCUUGUGCUAUUACAUUUGCUACUCAUGGAGCUCCAUUGCGCUAAAGGAACUCAUACGGAGUCGGAGUGUGAAACUGGGCAGUUUCAGUGCAAGAACGGACGGUGCAUCCCGACCCUGUGGAGAUGUGAUGAUGAUGAUGAUUGCUCGGACAGCAGCGACGAGGAGAACUGUCCAAAGAAGACAUGUGCGACCACAGACUUCGCCUGCAAGAAUGGACAGUGUGUCCCUGCACGGUGGCGCUGUGAUGGAGAACCAGAGUGUGCAGACGGUUCAGACGAGGCUGAUGCAAUCUGCAGCCGACAGACCUGUCCGCCAGAGAAGUUUGAUUGCGGAGGGGCUGCCAGCAAAUGUGUUUCGCUGUCGUGGCGAUGCGACGGAGAGCGGGACUGUGAGAACGGAGCAGAUGAGGAGCAGUGCGCUGCAGAUGCCAAGGCCUGCCCCUCCAAAGAGUUCCAGUGCCGUAACGGGAAGUGCGUGGCACCGAUCUUUGUGUGCGAUGGCGACGACGACUGUGGGGACGCCAGCGAUGAGGAGAAGUGCUCGGCUCCCACCUGCGGCCAGCACGAGUUCCGCUGCAAUGACUCUGAGUGCAUCCCCGCCCUGUGGAGUUGCGACGGCGACCCGGACUGCAAGGACAAGUCAGACGAGUCCAUGGAGCGCUGCAGCCGCAGGACAGAGCCCCAGAAGCCUCGCUGCCCGGUGGGCGAGUUCCAGUGUGGGAGCGGGGAGUGUGUUCACAUGAACUGGAAAUGUGACGGAGACGCAGACUGCAAGGAUAAAUCGGAUGAAGCAAGCUGUCCCCUGCUUACAUGUCGACCUGAUGAGUUCCAGUGUGGUGAUGGAUCCUGUAUCCACGGCACCAAACAGUGUAACAAAGUUCACGACUGUCCGGACUAUAGCGAUGAAGCUGGCUGUGUCAACGUCACAAAGUGCGAUGGGCCAAGAAAGUUCCGCUGUAAGAACGGGGAGUGUAUUGAUAGCAGCAAGGUGUGUGACAAUGUGAAAGACUGCAAGGACUGGUCUGAUGAGCCCAUGAAGGAGUGUGGCCUGAAUGAGUGUGCAGACAACAAUGGUGGCUGCUCCCACAUCUGCAGGGACCGGAGGAUUGGUUAUGAGUGUGACUGUCCCUCUGGCUACAAACUCCUGGACAAAAAGACGUGUGGAGACAUAGAUGAGUGUGAGAACCCAGACGCCUGCAGCCAGAAAUGCAUCAACUACAAAGGAGAUUAUAAGUGUGAAUGCUACGAAGGCUACGAGAUGGACCCUGCCUCUAAGACCUGCAAGGCCGUGGGAAAGAGUCCAUACCUGAUGUUCACCAACCGUCAUGAGAUCCGUCGCAUUGACUUGCUGAAGAGCGAAUACGCACAGGUGGUUCCCACGCUGAAGAACGCCGUGGCCCUGGAUGUAGACGUGUCCACCAACAAGAUGUUCUGGUGUGAUUUAUAUCAUCGGAAAAUAUACAGUGCUUACAUCAACAAGGCCAGCGAUUCAUCGCAGCAGGUGACGCUCAUCGACUCGCUCCACUCCCCCGAAGGCCUGGCCGUCGACUGGGUCCACAAGAACAUCUACUGGACCGACUCCGGCAACAAGAGCAUCUCCGUCGCCACAGGAGACGGCAGGAAGAGAAAAGUGCUGAUAGCCACUGAGCUGAGCGAGCCGCGUGCCAUUGCAGUGGAUCCACACCAAGGGUUUAUGUACUGGUCAGACUGGGGAGGUCAGGCCAAAAUUGAGAAGUCUGGGUUGAAUGGAGUGGAUCGACAAGUUCUGGUGUCCGAACACAUCGAGUGGCCCAAUGGAAUCACCUUGGACUUGUCUAACAGGCGUCUCUACUGGGUGGACUCCAAGCUGCACCUGCUGUCCAGUGUGGAUCUCAACGGGGACAACCGGAAGGUGCUGCUGUCCUCCCAUCACCACCUGGGACACCCCUUCGCCCUCACUGUGUUCGAGGAUCGCAUAUACUGGACAGACUUGGAGGACGAGGCGAUAUACAGUGCCAACCGACUGACAGGACACGAUGUGGCAAAGGUGGCAGAGCACCUCAACAACCCCCUGGAUCUGGUGGUGUUUCAUGAACAGAGGCAGCCCAAGGCCGACGAUACCUGCAACAUGGGCAGUCUGCCUAACGGUGGCUGUGAAUACCUCUGUCUGAAGGCCCCCCAGAUCACAGACCACUCUCCCAAAUACACCUGUGCUUGCCCUGAUGGCAUGGAGCUGGGACCAGACAUGAGGCGCUGCGCUAUAGUUCGGCCCAGAACAACCACAACAGGUGCUCCAACCACUACCACCACCACCACAACCACCGCAACAAGCACUACACCACCAAGUACAACCGUUACCACCACCACGACACCCCCUACCACCACGACCGCAAGCACCACCACCACCUCUGCCGCUACGACGCUCAGGCCCACGCCCAGACGCCUGACAACGCCGGCCCCUCCUCAGACCCCCAGGAGCACCUCUACGGAGCAGCCUCGCACCCCCGCUGCCACGAGCACAGAGACGACCAGCUUCAGCAGCACGAGUCGUACGUCCACUUCCACGCACACGCCCCUACUGGGCCCAGUGGCCCCCAACAGCAUUCAGCGAGAGAGCAACGGGAACCUCUCCCACAGAGCUGCGAGUGAUCACUACCUCAUAGGUAACAACAUCACAGUGGCUGUUCUGGGGAUAGUCAUUCCUAUCGUCCCUAUCCUUGCCACAGUGGUCAUCGGAUUACUCUGCACCGGCGGGUACCUGGUUUGGCGCAACUGGCGGCGCAAGAACACCAAGAGCAUGAACUUCGACAACCCUGUUUACCGCAAAACCACGGAGGAUGACGACGACGAAAUCCACAUCGGGCGACACAGCGAGUCCAUCGGUCACGUGUACCCAGCACGCGUGGCACUCAGUCUGGAGGACGAUGGCUAUCCCUGAGGGGGGAAUGCGUCCUCCCCGCCCCCCAAAUCCCAUCCUGGCCCCUCCUCUCACCACAGCCUCUACGCCACUACAAUGAGGCCAGCACAACGCAGACGAGAAAGAGAAGGAGUCCUCAUUUUGCCUCCCCUUUUAAGGAGCAGGGAUGACAUGUACAUCUUGUAUAUCCCCCCCCUCUCCUCCUUUCCUCCUCUCUCCACUGGAGUAACAUUACUACCACUACUAGCCACUACUACUUCCCUUAGUGCUAGUUGAUUUGUAGUCUCUGCUCCACUCCUCUCUUCUCUCUGCCUCUUGUUAGCUGUAGUGGUGUGUAAAAUGCUGCUUGAUGAUUUGUUCAAACUAACCUCAUUUGGCUGUCUCAGUGCACAUUGUAAAUAGGAGGCCGUCUGGCCGCCGUACAAGGGGAAAAAGCUGGCAUGCGUGGUUUUUAAUUCCUCAUGUUAUGACUUUUUAUUUAUUUGUAUGUGUUUGCUUUUGUAAAUAUGUAAUCAGCAUCUCUCCGUGCGCAGGCACAUUUGUUCAAGUUUGCAAGGGUGCAAGGUAGCAGGCAAGGGCGUUAUUUUUCUUCAUGGUUCCCUUUACAUCUUGAGUAGACAUGACAGAUUUUUUUUUUUUUUAAACGGGGGAAUGUCAUCCUUUCCCACACUCGGCCUCUCAGACGCGCCCCUUGACAUACUGUAUGUAGGCAGGCAAAGCUAAAUAUAGCCAAGGGGAAAGGAGGCAAAAAAAAUGAUGGGGUUGUCUGCAUGUUUGGAGGUGAUUUCGGGGUGAAAGAGGAAGGGAGGGUGCUUUUUUUCAGGGGAAUGCAGGGAUUUGUGCCACCAGAGGGUAGUGCCUCAAGGCAAAAAGCAGCAGGGCAGAAAAGGCAAAGGAUUAUGGGUAAUCCUCUCUCCUGGUAUCAGAGGUGUGCGUACAGUCGAUAAUAAACGUGGGAUUGGCUGUUUAUUUGCGGUGGGUGUUAAGAAUCGCACGUGUGUUUCUGACUUUUUGUUUGUCUUUGUGUCUGCCGCCGUCACUAUAGUGGAGGUAAACUUUCAUUUUCAGACAGCAGAGUGUGAGAAAGCACCUUCCCGUGACUGUUUUUGAAGAAUGAAAAUGGUGCUUUGAGGCGCCGAGUGCUAUCACUUUCAACUGCUGCCAAACACAGAUGCCGGUGUUUGAACUUGGCGUCGAACCCGGCGUGUCAGUGGCUUCACCGCACUGCUUUGGGUUUUUCUCAGCAUCAGCUUCUCGGUCUCCCUUUUUUAACAUGUGUGUUUUCUAGAUGGGAUGCUGUAGAAAAAGAGUCCACAUUUGGAAAGAAUGGCUUUUCCGCUGUCACUGAUGGUUCAGCGUGGUUGUUAGUGGCCCUGUUUUGUAUGAGCAGAUGAGUAAUAACGUGCCGAGGCUGACUGAGCCGAGCGCUGAUUUGAUUUGAAAGCUGGAUAGAGAGGAAAACGUGUAAACCAGCGUAAGGAGCCGAUCUUCCAUUGGCUUGCCACAGACAUGCUUCCAGCCCAUUGAAUCAGAUGUAAUUCAUGCCCAGUGACUAUCGCAAUAAUUGCUCACAAUGUGUUGUAACAGAGAAUGAGUAGAAGCAGUCGUGACAACUUAACAUGAUAGCUGUUACAAGCAGUUAUGGCAAGUUAUUCCUGUCCUGCACUUGAUUUAGUUUCAAUAAAGGGCAUUUUGAAGGUGUUAAGCACACAUAUAAUGAAUUAUAUAACGUACAGAGGUGCUUCACAUUGUCCAAACUAUACAUACAACACCGUCUUCCAUUCUUACAAUAACAAAUUUGAGCUGGGCUUUCGUCUGCCACACCCACAGUCUAUUCAUGAACUUGAUAUAUGACUGAAUAACAAGCAAAAAAAGUACAGAAUGCAAGUCUUCCAGUAUAAGGUCGGUAUAGACUCAGCAAACUAUUCAUCUGACUAUACAAACAAAGUUGAUUAAUGGCAGUUAUUAUUCAUGGUCCUCACCGUUUCCUGGAAAGGUUUUCUCAGCGUAGAUGCUCGGGGAACCACGGGGGAGGAAGAAAGAAACACACGAAGACAAAGGUAGGCAGGAAACGACUGCCAGGAUUUAGACUGAACUGGAUGCAAACAGGUCCGUGCUCGGAUGAUGAAUGGUGGGCCAUUUACUUUUUGUCGGAUUUCUGCUGAUGUUGUAUUCUGACACUCGCUCCGCUCGCCUCCCUCAGAGGGAUGGCAUGCUCUCCUCUUAGUUUAUGAUGCACAGUGGGGGAUUUGUAUGUGCUUUACGUGGCAACUUGUAAAAUGACCAGAAAGACAUUCAAUAAAAUGAGAUUAAAUAGGUCCCAAACACACUGCUGGAGUGAACCCUGAGCUCAGCCACCUCUGCACUCCACGCGGUUUUCUUCAUGUCCAUGUUUGCUGCAGGUCUAAUGGAGUUCCAUACCAAGGGUUUGCAGUUAGGAGUUUAAAUUGCUUAUUUAUUGAGGUGACUGAGCGUGGCAUUGUAGAAAACUUACUUUUGCUACAGUGUGAAAACAGAUUGGCUGCUCCACUUUUUGGCCACCUUGAGAGCAGCAGUCCCCACCGAAGGAUGCAGAAGAAGUCCUCAGAGGGACUGUUGUCAUUCAUCAUAGAGAAGCGAGUAAUUGUAGUGCUUGUAGAGGACAUGCUUUGACUCUAUGCUUUCUGGACAUUCCUCAUGUUUAAGAGGCUGAAAAAUGAUUAGUUGUGUGUUCAGAUAUACAGUUAUUUUAAUGUCUGGGUGCGUGUUUCAGUUUAUUUUUUUCCAUUUUUAUGUACUUGAAGUCUUUCAGCAUUAACCCAGUAGCUGCUGCAGUGUUGCAUGUGCAACAUGACAUUUUGCACAAAGGUAUUUAACCCUCAACCAGACAUUUACUCUUCAAAUGCAGAAGCUGUAGCUGGUAUGCCUACAUUGUGUGGGGUCUUAAAUUUCACGUGCACUCGUGUUGAAUUUAAGAGGCUCUUACGCUAAAGAUCUGGAGCCCGAUGCACCGGCUGUUUGCAAGUUUACGCAUCACUAAAUUAAACCUGGAUGUCAACACACAAACUUGUUCUUACACAGAGAUUAGCUGUUGCUCAAUAUUUGUACCUAAUGACUGCCAGGUGCAGCUGUUAUGAGCUAACCGAACCAACUGAGAAAGCUAGAAUUAGCUCGCUAACAUGUAAAGUUGAAGGAGAAAGCGCUGUUUAAUGAUGGAAACUGGCAAGUUUUUUAAUUAAAUUUGACAACAACAUAACACAAUAUGUAUUAUUUAGUCUCAUGCCAUCAUGCUUAUGAUAUAAAUGAUCAAAUAUCAUGUUAGUGUAAUCAGCAUUUCCCCUUUCUUCUGAAUUGUUUGACUACAUCUCUGAAACACAUACUUCUCAAUGCAUGCAUAUAUGAAUUAAACCUAAGACUGGUGGUUAAGUUCAGUAUAUCUCUUGACCACCUAAAAUGUUUGGAUUUUUAACGCUACAGUGACUUCCUGUGUGCAUAGUUGAUUGCUUUCACUUGGACGGCCCCACAAAUGUUUCCUAGCAAUUGAUUUAUACAUCACUUAAGUCUUUACUGCCGCAGCAAAGACAUUCCUCAAGGUUUAAUGCUGAAAGUAGAUCAAUAGUUGGAAAUUACAGUAAGUAGUCACAAACAGCUGGUGCGACACAGUCCUGCUUCUACAUCUAAGCACACACUUUGGAUUCUCAUACGCCUGCUCAGUAAAAUCUAGAUGUGGUGUAGGCCUGCUCACCUAUAGAUUUAACUCUUUGCUUAAACUCACACAUUAAUAAAGCAUUCGGGUGUUCCUAACAAAUCCUUGUGCAGCUACUACCACAGUUCAAACUAAAUUAUGUCAAGGUUGCAUCUGUCUUAUUUUAAGGGGCGGAUGUUAAAUUAUGAGCUCAGCAUAGUGAACCCAAGCAGCCAUGAUAACACAUAAUCUAACUGCUUGCUGUCAUUGUAGCUUCCCUGAUUUGCGCUCCCUGUUUUCACCUGUCCUGUUGCUUGUCCCUCCCUUCCUCUCUGCACUGCUCUGACGGUUGUUUCCAGUCUCUUCUGAGCAGAGAACCUGACCCAUGCUGCUUACACCAGAAUGCACUGACUGCUUUCUAACAUCACUCACAUCUCUCCACCACUGCAUCUAAAGUAAUGCCCGCUGUGAGGCUUCGAGCCUCCUCUGUGGUUGUUACGCUACUGAUUUUUAGUUUAAAGAUCUGCGUCAGCAUUGCUGUCUCUGUGCUCUCUCAUCCUCUCACCCUCUCAUCUUCAUCGUAGCCAUCGACAUCUUUCCUUUGGCAAGGGCUAUCAGUCUUUGGGCAGACAGGCGCACACACACACUGGAAGAACGGGACUAAAACACUGGAGGGAAUUACCUGAAAUCCCCAAAAUAACAAGGAAACCCCAGAGCUGGAAAAAAGAGCCCUCCAAAUCGUGAACCAGCGAGCAGGCGAACAAGCACGCUCAGCCAGGAGAAGCAGCCCCCCACCACCACCACCACCACCCAACCAGAAACUGUUUUGGACUGUGGAAAGAGCCCUCAUUGACUCUACUUGGCUGUCCAUCAGCUCUUGUUGACCCAGUGACUUUCCUUCAACUGGUUCCUCUUAUUAUCAUGUGUUUUUUGGACUGUUAGUCUGUGAGUUGUAGUUGUUGCUCUCUCUGUCUCCCUUUCCUUGCCAAGCCUUUCUCAUUUUCAUAUUUGAUCUUCUUGACGUUUGAUUACUUGAAGGGCAGUGUUCAGUCGCCUACAUUUUUCUACCAGUCAGUGUAAAAUUACGGUUGGGGGAAGCAGACAGCAAUGGGGAAGUUGUGAGAUCUGUGUGUGUAAAUCUUUUUAUGGGUUGGGAUGAUUAUACACACGGGCAAUAUUUUGAUAAAUAACAGCAUUGUCAAAGAUUUGGACAUAUUCCUGAUUGAGGUGGAGGAAAGUCCCUGCAAAUAUAAGAAACUAUCAGCUCCAAUUUGUUUUGCAAAACUGUCUGCGUUUCCUGGAAGCGUUGCUGAUGUGUCAUCGCCUGCAAGGAAAUCUCAAAAACCAUCCGGGGCUCUGUCCAUUCCACAGCCAUACGACAGGCAUUUUUUUACGCUGUUUGUUGCACAAAACUUUUCAAGAAGCCUUCUGCACUGUGUAAAGAGAUAACGUUCCUAGGAGGGGAGGACAUAAAAAGAAGGGGGGUGGGGUGGUCCAAUGGUACAGUCCAAUGGUUUUCAAUCGUGACUUGUAAAUACAGUUUUCAUACAGCAAAAACUUUUUGAUAAUGUUUUAAAUGUAUCUGUAAAAAAAGAUGUACAUAAAACUCUGGGGUUAAAAGGAGUGUAGACUAUAUAUGAAUUUAUUUGUACACAAGAGCACUGGAUUUAUUUACUACUUGAUUGUAACUAAAAAUUAAUAAUCUGCCAAAGUGUUUUUAUUUGACUUUUUCUCCCGUCUGUUCCGUUUGUUUUUGUUUUGCUUUUUAACAGCAUUGCAGAUUUUUAGUGUUCAUACUGUAUUUAAUUCUGUUGAAUAGAUUUUGUUGUCGUGCGUUUAAAAAAAAAAGAGGGGUUGUUUUAAUUUAUUGGUGCCUUGUUUUGUGCUCCUGUAUACUUUUACUCUUUCUGUUUUUCUGUGUUAUGUGUC